AUGAAUAUUUUAAUUAUAUGUCUAUGUGGGAUAGUUGCCAUUGUUAAUAGUUUUCCUAACAAACAUGAUGGUUUUAUAACUAGUUCUUACAAAGAUGCAGAACAUGAAAACAUUAAGGAUAGUAAUUUAGCAUCUAGUCAAGAUAGCCCACGAGGAUAUAUUAAUCUUAAUCCUAAUGUAGACUAUAAGGUUCAAAUUCCACUUCGAAGUAUUCAUACAAAAACACAACUUUCUUACAAAAGAAAAAAUCCAGAAAUACAACAAGUCCAAUACAGAAGAGGAGAAGAAGCGCAGACUGAAAAUAAAUUAGAAGAAAAAGAAGAAGAACCUGAUAGACUAAGCAUACUUUUACUUCAAUCUAAAUUUAAUUGUAAUGCGAAAAACACCGGAUAUUACGCUGAUGAAGAUUUAGGAUGCGAAGUUUUUCAUUAUUGCCAGGAUAAUGCUAAGCACUCGUGGAUAUGCCCAGAAGGGUUUACUUUUCAUCAGGUCCAUUUAAUAUGCAUGCCUCCUGGAGGAGACAAUAUUUGUGAAAAGUCUUCCAACUAUCAUUUUGUAAAUGAUUUUCUUUACAAACCAGUAAAUUUGGAGGAACAUCAAACCAAACCCAACGUUUCUUUAAGAUAUUCUGACAGAUAUUUUCCUGACACAUAUACCCAAAAUUAUAAUAAUGAUGAUAAUGAACCAAACCUCCAUCAGCAUUCUGUUCGUGUUGCAAUUGAACCACGUCAACAAACUGUAUCUUCAAUAUAUAGACCUCAAACCUCUAUUGGACAAGUAUUUAGAUCUCCAGAAGAAAUUAAUAUUUCUCUGCAACAAAGAAGACCCCAGUACUCAACUACAAAAUAUGAUAGUUUUAAGUAAAUGCUACUUUUAAAAACUGUACUUAUA